AUGGAGAACUUUUGCAAACGUGCCACGAAAACGGAAAGAAUGGUGCUGGAACGAUACGUGGAGAAGUACAAAUACUUUCAUGGCAUUUAUAUACUGUGGUGCUUCCUGACUACGGCUUUUGUCAUAUGUGGUCCAUUGUACUCGUCCCAAACCUUUCCUACGCAUGCGAUAUAUCCAUUUUCAGUGAAGCAUCAACCGUUGAAGAGUUUGAUUUUCUUUCAUCAAUCGUUGGUCGGUUUUCAAGCGUCGUCAGGCAUGGGUAUCGACAUUCAGGUGGCACUUCUCUUGCGAUAUACAACCGCCAGGUUCGAGCUUUUAGGGGUGCAGUUACGUAACGCGAGGUCCAACAGCGAGUUCAAUGCCUGCAUUAGAAAACACAUUGAACUUUUGAGAAUCAACCAUUGAUUUUGAAAGCUCUGUAUGCUACUGUAGUCUUCAGCGCUGCUAUAGAAUUCUUCAUGUACGCUUGGCCAGCAGAUAACUUAAUGAACAUGAGUAUGAAAAUUGCUUCCAUCGUUUACAACGUUGAUUGGUAUAACAGAGACAUCAGGAUGCAAAGGAAGAUAUUCCUUAUCAUUUUGAGAUCCCACAGACUCGAGACUAUCAGGAUCAGUGGUAUCGUGCCGAAACUAUCGUUAUCAAAUUACGCGAAGGUAAUGUCCCUUGUAGUAUUAAAUUCAGUUUCAUAAUUAUUUUCUUUUACAGUUCCUGUACGCGUCUAUCUCGUAUUUUAAUGCUCUGCGGAUUAUGAUCGGGAAUCCAUAG